GUCAAAGUUUCUGGAUCUCAGGUUUGAUUUGAUUUAAAUCCUAUCACAGUUCCAUAAUUUCAAAACUUUCAUGAUUUUUACCCAUUACCCUGUAGGCUGAGCCUGAUGGAGGGGUCAAAUGCAUCAUCAUUCAUGAGUCCCUUUGCACCAGCAAAAAGUUUAACACCACUCCACCUUGAAUUCCUACUAUUGUUAUCUCCCACUAAUUUCCCUUGGCUGCUAAUAGUUCAGAUUCAUGUCAAGUAUCAGGAAAAUCAGGAGAUCCAGACAGUUCAAAUGGGUAUAAAGUUAUUGUAAGUUUGAGCUUUUACAAGAAUCUGAACUACUAGCAGACAAGGGAAAUUAGUGGGAGAUAAGAGUAGGAGGAAUUCAAGGUGGGCUGGACUUAGAUCUCUUGUGAGCAUGAAGGGACUCAAGACCCCUUCCUCAGGCUCAGCACAGUCAUUUCCUACAUGCCCCCUUUCUUUCUUUUCUUUUGGAUCCUUUAGUUAUCUGACUGACUUCUUCAGCCAUCUCUCCCCUCCUUUCAGCCUCUCUCAGUAACAUGCGGCAUUGAAAAUGAAGAAGAAGGGCCCAGUAUAACAACUCUUAAUCCUGGUUUUUUCUAGUUGUCUGAAAGUUACCAAAUGAAGGAUAACAACAACAACAUCCUUCCAGAAUAUCUGUAUAUCACGAUCUUCUUUUCUCUCUCUCCUUUACUAAUUUAAGAUCUAAUAGAUCCCUUUUCCAGUGCUAAAUAUUCCAGGCUCUCAGUGUUUUUUUUUAAUGGUUGGCUGAGUUUUUAGUUUGAUAACUUGGAAUUCAAUUUCAAAAGUUGUCUGUAUUUUGAUGCUAUUAACAUAUGAUCAUGACAUCUAGGAAUUAACAGUAAUGAAUACAAAAGUAUUGUGAGAGUGUCUUUUGUGAUCUUACACGUAGAUGCAAUUAAUUAAUAGGUUAGAUGCAAUGAAUUACUGUGGAACUGGGAAAUCCCUAUCACGAUAACAUUAUCAUACCACUGUUGGAUCAGAUUGUUGGAUCUUUCUAAAAAUGUAAUUUUAAGAGCAAAUACAAUGACUCAGUUACAGACAAAUAAAUGAUUUUUAAAAAAACAUUUAGGUUCAGAAAGUAGGCCUAAAGGGGUGGCAGUGUGGUGCCAUGUGGCUACAGUUCUUUAAGUGACAAGUUGACUGCACAUGCAUGAACAGAUGCAUUGCAGAUACAGGACUCAUAGUGAUGCUUUUUAUCAAUAGUGAGGUCCAGCAUGAAUGAACGUAGAUUUGAUUUAUCCUAGCAGUGCUGUUGUAGCUGAAAAAUGUUACUGCAGCUGGUGUUUCUCUGGGUGUUUCUCACUGGAAUUUCCAAAAUUAAGCCUUUGAGGAUAGGCAAUCUUGUCUGCAGAUCUCAUGGCCCCGCUGCCUAUUCUGGAGAGGUUCCUUAGCUACAUUACAGGUGACAAAAUGUUUCCCACUACUGUAGUGAAAUUCAGCAAAGGAAAAUUCUGCUAACUUUAGGGAAUCUACUGUAUUGUUUCACUAUCUUCCUCUUCACAGGUAGUCCUUGACUUACAACCAUUUGUUUAGUGACUAUUCAAAAUUAAAACAGCACUGGAAAAGUGACUUAUGAUCCUCUUUCACCCAUAAAUCCACUGCAGCAUCCCCAUGGUCACAUGAUAAACAUUUGGGCUCUUGGCAACUGCUUCAUAUUUUUGAUGACUACAGUAUCCCUGGGUCAUGGGAUUAUCUUUUGCAAGAUAAUCCGACAGUCCGACAAGCAAAUCCAAUGGGGAAGCCCAGAUUCACUUUACAACUGUUACUAACUUAACAACUGCAGUGAUUCAUUGAACUAAUGUGGCAAGAAAGGCCAUAAAGUGAAGCAAAACUCACUUCACAAUUGUCUUAGCAACAGAAAUUUUUGGGCUCCAUUUUGGUUAUAAGUUGAGGACUACCUGUAUAGGAUUUCUCUAUAUGUAUACACUAGAUACAUGGGACUUACUCCAGAGAAAGGACAUAUAGGAUUGCACUGUCCUGUACAAGAAAAAAACCUCAUACAUCAACUAACCUUAUAGAUGUUAUGCAAGAUACCAGUAUAUUUUCCCCACAAUGAUCUGUUAAGUAAAUAUUUGCAUCACACAUUGGUCAAAAUAACCCAGGCAAAGUUUUCAUUCCCUAAAAUACUGCCCAAAUGGCCAUCAGCCAGAAGCAAAAAAUGGAAAUAAACCCUCUUUAAAAAAUAUUUUUAUGACAUAUUUGAUGACAUUCAAAAAUAACAUACCAAUAUAUGUAUGGUGAACUUUAAAUAUGGGCAUAUUUAUGGGAAAAGAGAGAAAAAAAGGAUUCUUUUCUCUCCAGGAUUAAAAGUAGGAUCAGUUCAGUAGUCCAAAAAAAAAAAAAAAAGUUUGUUGAAACUGAUUAAAAAAUGUGCAAUCAGCAAAAUCUUGGUUGACACAGAUCACAUGAUGCUUCUCAUCUCUCUAUAAAAUACCCAAGAAUGGUGAGAGUUGCCAUUCACCUUCACCAUGAAGGGAAUCGUCAUAAUUCUUCUAGUGGCCCUUGUGGGUAAGUAUGCUUUUCUUUUUGCUAUGUCUCCAUUGUAUCAUUUUGCGUAGUUUAGUCAAAUAUAUAUAUUUAAACUAAAAGAUGAUUCCAUCGUACUAUGUCCAUAUUGUAAUCGCUUGAAUUUCUUUCCUCAGCUGCCGAGAAGUUCCCAGCCCGUAAGUUUAAUACCAUGCAUGUUUUUUGAACCAACAUUUUUUCCACCAUUGAAAAAGGGGUGAUGUACUAGCUUUUGCAGAUAAGUCGCAAGUCUGCUAGUGCUUGCUAUUAAAUCUUACAAAGAGUAGGACUAUUAUCUUGUCACAUUAGCAAAAUAGCAAUAAUCCUUCUGCAAGAUAUUUCUCUAACAUUGUGAGCCACUAGAAUAGUAUAUUAAAUAUAAUCAAUAAUCAGUAAGUCAAAAGAGAAGUUAUAUUAACAUCUGAUAAAUAUCAUGGUAUAUGUAUGGGGGAGAGUUUUGGGGAAAAAAAUUUAAAAAAAAAGAAGAGAAGUUAUGUGCUUUGAUCAAUUUGAAUGAAUAGUUGUAGCCUUAUAUACAAUGUUAUAAUCAAGUGCAGUACAAAUAUAGAAUUAACACUAGAAAAAAAAUAAAACAUUUUCAUUAACAUAAUAUAAAAUAAAACCUUUAGAAGGUACAUGCUAAAUAAAAAUAACUUCUAUACAUUUAUAAUGACUUGCAUGUCAUUCAAUUGUCAGUUCAUAUGUCAAAACCAUUAGCUAGUUUUGUUCCAUGUUCUUAGACAAGAAUUUAAGAAGACUCAAGCACACAGAAGUAUGGUCUUUAUUUUUUUAAAUUUAUUUUUUAUUAAAAAAUAAAUAAAAAGACAAUUUUUUUGAAGAAACAAAGAAAGAAACAAAACAAUAUUAGUUUCCCAUCCCUUGAGAAACAUGACUAAAGAAUUUUAAACUACUAUGCUAGUAAUUCUAUUUGCAAGUUAUUAACCUGUCAUCUAUAUACUAUAUUAAUGACAAAAUAGUUAACCGGAAAAACAACGAUAAAAAAGAUAAUAUCCAAUAAAAAUGUAAAUCAAAUAAACUGUCCAGGAACACACUGUGAUUUUCCUUAUGAAAAAGCAGGAAUUAAUGAAAACAGCCAGAUACACAAACAGCAAAAAGCAAAAAGAACAGAUAAAACACAGCAGUGGGUUGAAUAAAUCAGCAUUCAACCAGCCAGUUAACUUUUAAAGAUAAAAAAUAAAGCAAAACAAAAACUUCAAAAAGUGCAGUUAAAAAACAGAGAAAAUAGAUGUUACGAAGAAAAGGUGCAUGAAAGACCAGUGACUUCCUGGAUGUUUCCUCCUGGAUGGAUCCAUGGCCAUCCAAAACUCACGUUGGGUCAUUCCUAAGUGCCCCCAUUUAAAUCCAGGGAGCAAUGCUGCCAAGGAACCAGUUUUGGCAGCAAUAUCAGCAGAUUGUCGGCAGGAGAGAAAAAAAUCUUCCCUACCAGUCAGCAGCCAUCUUGGGGAGGAAGUGUGCUCUUUAUUUGCAAUUCUGCUAAUUAAAAAAACCUGCCUGAUUAUCUUAUACUUCAAUAUAAUUAUUUAGCAAAUUAUACAAUUAAAACAUGUCAGUCUGAUUAUUAUUAUUAUUUAUUAAAGGCAAUGGCUGUAAAUGGAACAUUUUAGUAGUCUUUGUGGAAACUGGUCAGCCUUGGAGAACUCUGGUGGGAUUAACAACUUUUUAUCAUUAACCAGCAUACAAUAUAGGAUUUUUUUUUGCAAAUAUAUUUUACAUAUAAAACAUAUGCUAUGCUGUUAAAACUAACAUUAUAACGUGUUCAUUUUCUUUCUACCAGGGAACCAGAAGUCCCAAGCAAGUAAGCUGAACAAUUACAACAAGUCUAAGCUCUUGUUGAAAUGACAUUAAACAAAACUGUUAAUUAAUCAGUUGAUACUCAUUUCAGGACCAUCACAUUUAAAUGCAAAGCAUUAUAUAAUUACUUUUUUGCUUGCUAAGGGAAGCAUGAAACAGAUGUGAUUUAGUAUGCAACAGUUCACUAUUUAAAGGAAACAAUGAUACAUCAAAACAAAUGAGAACCCUGAAAAUUUAAAAUAGCCUCCCUGGUUUUCAAGUAAUUUAGUUAAUUUAGUAAUAAGUCUGGCUAAUGAUUUAGCCUUUACAGUAUGUAAGCAACGGAUCAGCAUUUGUAGGAGAUGACUAGGAUGAGCCUGAGAGAGGGAUAAAACAUAUCAUCAGUCUUGAAUCCCUUCAUACUCACAAGAGAUCUAAGUCCAGCUCACCUUAAAUUCCAUUGACUCUUAUCUACUGCUAAUAUGCUUUGACUGUUAGUAGUUCAGAUUCUUGUAGAGAGCUUAAGCUUGCAAUAAACCUAUAUAUGCAUUUGAACUGCCUAGAUUCCUGAUUUUCUGCACUUGGUGACACUGUUACUAAAGUAUUUUCCUGGUACAAAUAUGAAUAUACUGCCCAGAAUGUGGUUUAUGUAAUCACUCUUAAAACCUAAUAGCUGGUGGUGAGGUACAACAAAAACAGAGACUGUGUGGAGCACUAAAAAAAGAUAAGGAUGGUAUCAAAAGACUGCCAUGAUUUGCAGAGAGACCCAUUCCUGCCAAAGGGAAAAUGCCACACAACUUGUGUAGGAGAGGGAAAGAUAAGACAUAGUCAGACAACUUGACAUUUGGAUGACAAAAAAAUUGGAAACAGUGGGAGGUAAAAUAUCCUGAAAGGGGGGGGGGGGUCCCUAGGUGACUGGAAUUUUGAACAGACCAGUAGAACUAUGUUGUAAUUCCCACUUGUAUAUUUUUUACAAUAAAAGUAGUUCAGAAUGUUAUUAUAUUCACUAAAAAUUGCAUUUGUGUCCCACAGAAACCCAGAAUCCUGAACUUGGUAAGUCUAAUGAUAAUAAGACAACUCAUCAGCAUACUUGUGUUAGAAGAUGAUCAUAUAAUAAAACAUAACAUUGCAAUUCUCAUUUGGAUAUUUUAAAUAAGAUGUAUAUUUUAUUGUUUUAUUCUACUAUUGUACUCAACAAUUUUCCUUUUUUUUAAUCUAGGAACUGAAAAUGUUGACAUCAGUAAGUAUAUUUGUAUUUAUAUUUAAAACAGCAUAUUAAAAUGACAUUUUGGCUGUCACUGCAGGGUAAAGGAAAGAGCAUUAGCUGACUUGGGUAAGACACAUGAGUUGUAAAAAAAGAAAUUCUUCAUUUAAAUCUUGCUUAGUGGUCAAAAUUAUAUAAUAUUGAUCUAUAUUUUGGGGUUCUUUUUUUAAAAAAAAUACAGUUAAGUGAUUAUUCAAUGCACAAAAUUAAUAGCAACCUGCUCAAAUGGAAUACAUUCUUUUUGUUCCCUUUUGUAAUUUGCACAGCAAAUCAUAAAGAGGCCCCAAAUUGGCAUAUAUAAACAGUAAGGCUUAAUGAAAAUAUCCUACAAUUGUCCCAUUAGUGUUAGUUUAAUAAUCAUGGAAUUUACUCAGUUAAAACCUGUAGCCUAAUAUAAAUGUCUUCUUUAUUGAACACAGCAUAAAUGUUUGUUUCUAUUUCUAGAACUAGAAUUUCCUGCUGGAAAAACAUUGAUAUACAAUUACACUGUCAUAUUUGAAAGUGGAGUUGAAGACCAAAGUUAUGGAAAGGCCCUUCUAAGGCUAGCAACUGAUGCAGUGAUCACACCAGGUCAAUCAGAGCAUAUGAUUCAGUUUAGGAAUAUGAGAAUACAAGAUGCUGUUGGAUUCCACCCAAGAAGUUCCUUGUCAGACCCACGAAGGGAAUAUAAACAGCUCCUUGACUGUCAGAAGUUUAUAGUCUAUGUCACCUACAAUGGGAGAUUUGGAUCCAUCCGUAUAUCAAAGAAUGCAGAUCCACUUUGCAGGAACGUUUUCAAAGGCUUCAUGUACUUGUUCGUUGUCACACCACGGUCCCCGAGAGAGUAUGAAGUACUGGAGGAAGGACUUGAAGGCGAAUGCAACACCAGAUAUGUUCUCUAUGAGGAGAAAAAGAAUGACGGCUACUUGUUUCACAAAUUCAGGGACCUGAACAACUGCAAACAAAAAGUUAUGCUGAAUGUUGGAAUCCCCUACCUCCAGCUUUUCCAGCCUCUCAACUGCUUACAAAGAGAGAAAUUUGUUCAAGGUGCGUCUGCCAUAGUCACCAAAGUGAAGCGUGACCGUAACGGAGAUCUGAUCGCUCAAGCCAAGGCUGAACAAAUAUAUGACUUUCCUUUAGACGGAGAAGGUAGUACUGGAUAUAUGAAAGCUGAGCAAUUGUUGACCUUGAGAGAAGUGAGACCUGAGCAAGGACAGCAGCAGCAGCAGCAACAACAACAGCAGCAGCAGCAGCAGCAGCAGCAGCAGCAGCAGCAGCAGCAGCAGCAGCAGCAGCAGCAGCAGCAGCAGCAGCAAGGAGAGCUUGAACCAAUCACUAUUCGUUAUGAGAUUCCCAAAACUCUGUUUUUGCCUGUGUUGGAUAAUCUCAACAGAGAUCCUGUACAACAGGCUGAGGAACUCUUGCAAGACUCAGUGCAUUGGCAAUUCCAGGAUAAAAUAGUUUCCACCAAGAUUAUAGUGUUGGUCCGACUCAUACAACGUGUAUCAUAUAACGAUCUGAAUACUCUCUACAAUAAGUUUUCAAGACUUCCUGUUGCUAGAAGAGUCCUAUUGAUUUCAUGUGGCCAUGCGGGUAAUUUGAUCGCAAUGAAGUUCAUCAAGGACAAAGUAGUCAGUGGAGAACUGACAUAUUAUGAUAUGAUUUGGCUUCUUCCCACAACCUUCCAUUUUGCCAACCCUGAUAUUACCAGAGUGGAGGAAACUGCUAGAAUGACAGCAGAAAUACUUGCCAAAAUCCCUGACAAAGCAUCUAUCCUUGGAAAAAUGGUUUAUCUGGCAUAUGGGAGUAUGGUGAACAAGCAAUGUUCCACUUCUCGAACUUGUCAUCCUAAAUUGCUUGAGCCUCUCCACAACCUCCUAGUUGAGGCAGUUCGGGAAAAAGAAGAAAACAAGAUUGUAUUAGCUCUGAAAGCUAUUGCCAAUGCAGGUCAGAUCACCAGCCUGAAACAAGUGAAACUUCUGUGUGAGUCUGCUAAAUAUCCUGAAUACAUCCAGGUCACUGCAAUUCAGACCCUGGCGCAAAUCAGCCGGCAGGAUCCUACAAAGGUUCAAGGUUUUCUCCUUCAGAUCUUUAUGGAUGUUUCACGUUGUGAGCCUGUCCGAAUAAUGGCUUCCAUUGUCCUCCUAGACAGUGCCCCUCCUCUGCCUAUAGUAAUAGCCAUGGCCAACGCAAUGCUCUAUGAGGAGAAUGUGCAUAUUGUCAGUUUUGUCUACUCUCACUUCAAGUCCAUAACAAAGACCUUGGACCCCAUGUAUUACACCUUGGCUUCUUAUUGCUCUAUGGCUCUCAGAAUUCUGAGCCCCAGAUUUGAUGAACUGACCUCUCCUUUCAACAAGGCUCUGUCUUUCAUCUUUUACAACUCUUUACUAAACAAUGGAGUUACCUUGAAAUUCUUCAUGUCUGGUGACAAUAGAUAUCCUUCAACUAUCAUCUGGAAAGCAGAUGCAACAUUUUUCCAUACCUCUGCUGAACUACUAGAGAUUGCACUGCAAGUUCAAGGUAUAGAUAAACUGUUUGAGCAAUCAGUUAGCCAGUCUGAACAACACUCUACCAAGCAGAAGAUCAAAGAUACCCAAGAAAAGUUCCCAUCAUACCAAGAAGUACCUGAUAAAGAGCUCUCAUUGGGUCUGUCAGUCAAAAUUCUAGGAAACCACAUUAUGUAUGUCCACCUUUCAGAAAUGUAUCAACAUUUGAAGGUAGAAGAGUAUAGACCAGCUGUGAUCAAAGUGUGGAUGAAAUUUAUUGAAAUGUUUUUCAAAUUUGUCAGCGUUCAAAUGAGCCAUCACGUUGUUCUAGAUAUGGGGCAGGUUCUCCCUACAGCUCCUGGUUUACCAUUCCAAAUAAAUCUUAAUACUUUCUUGGGAGCAGAUGUAAUCUGGAAAGCAAAAUCAGAAAUAUCUCAGGAUGAUCACACCAUAGCCAAAAUACAAUCACAACUCGACAGCAAAGUUCGUGUCCAUGGUUUUGGAAAUAUGAAUUGGGGAAUUAAGACAGACGGUUUGGAUAAUCGAAUAGAAAUUUCCGCCGAGAUCCAUUCGGAUACUGCACUCAAAAUGAAUGUUUCAUUGGACAUGCUACAAAACAGAUUUAAAGUAGAAAUUGAUAAUCUUCAAGAGAAGCGUGAUACACUGGUCGCAAGACAUAGGGCACAUGCUGUAAUAAGGUACCCACGUAAUGAGAAAAUGGCUCCGAUUAUUCCAGAACCAAUUGAUAUUGAAGAAUGGGAUGAAGAACCCGGCAAAGGCAACAUCAAACAACAAUCUAAAGGUGAUCGCAGACCUCAAGAGCUUUCGGACAGUUGCUGGCCUGUAGCUUGGCUCCCAGUAAACAUGUGCUGGAAAACCACUGAGACAAGAGGAUAUGUGCCCUCCCAGUAUACACUGAUGCAUGUGCUGUGCUCAGAACAUGAAAUGAAGUAUUGGUUUGAAUCAGAUCCUGGUAUGACUAAGAUCCAAGUAGAUGUCAAUCUAGACUCUGAAAAAAUUAGAAUGAGAAGAGAAUUGGUGCCCGAAGAAGAAGAAGAAGUAAAAGCAGAAAAACAGAAGGGUGAUGCCAAAGAUCAGAAGAAACAAGACCAGGAUACCAAGUACCCAAAUCAGGACACCACCUCUUCCUCUGAUUCUGCUCCUCCAGAGAAUAAGAGACAAGACCAAAAGAAAGGUGGUACCAGCAGCAGCACCUCCACCAGCAGCAACGAUAGCAAGAACAAGGACACCAGUGAAAACACCAGCAGUAAGGAUAGCAGCAGUGAGAGUAGCAGCAGCAGCAGCAGUAGUGAGUCCCAAGAUAGUGGAACAAAGGGUUCUUCCCAGACCCAGUCUAAAGAGAGUUCUUCCAGCAGCAAUGACAGGAGUGAAAGCAGCAGCAGCAGCGAGAGUAGCAGCAGUGACAGCAGCAGCAGCGACAGCAGCAGCAGCAGUGAUAGCAGCAGCGACAGCAGCAGUGGCAGCAGCGACAGCAGCAGCAGCAGCAGCAGCAGUGAUAGUAGCAGUGACAGCAGCAGCAGUGACAGCAGCAGUAGCAGCAGCAGUGACAGCAGCAGUAGCAGCAACAGUGACAGCAGCAGUGACAGCAGUAGCAGCAGCAGCAGCAGUGAUAGCAGCAGCGAUAGCAGCAGCAGCAGUGAUAGUAGCAGUGACAGCAGCAGCAGCAGUGACAGCAGCAGUAGCAGCAGCAGCAGUGACAGCAGCAGCAGUAGCAGCGACAGCAGCAGUAGUAGCAGCAGCAGUAGUAGCAGCAGUGACAGCAGUAGCAGCAGCAGCGACAGCAGCAGCGACAGCAGCAGCAGUGAUAGCAGCAGCAGCGACAGCAGCAGCAGCAGCGACAGCAGCAGUAGCAGCAGCGACAGCAGCAGUAGCAGCAGUAGCAGCGACAGCAGCAGCAGUGACAGCAGCAGUAGCAGCAGCAGCAGUGACAGCAGCAGUGACAGCAGGAGCAGCAAUGAGGAGGGUACCAUCGAGAGCCAAAGCAGUGAGAGCAGUGAGAAUGAUAAAGAUUCCAAGACGGGAGUACCAAAAGAGAUUCAUAAAUAUUCUUUCCGAUCUGUGAAGAAAGAGAAGCAGCCAGGAAAACAAUCCGAUGACCCCUCUGAUUCUGACUCUCAGCUGGACUUUGAUGAAAAAAAUAUAAAAGACUCUGCGUUGGAGAGACGUAUGCUCAUUACUUUCCGCUACCUCUAUGUUAAUAAGAAAGAAAGUGGACAUGAUGUUGUAGUGCUCAAACAUUCCUCUGGAGUUAAAGUGACAGUGAAAGACAUCGCCCGCCCAACUAAACCGAUGGUCUGCUUCACCUAUAUUGAGCUCAACCCUCAUAAAAUAAUGGCAACUUUGAGAGCUGGUCAGGAUUGCAGAGACAGCAGUCUUUCUUUCUUCGUAGAGACCGGUUUGUUUGCUGGAAAGCCAGCUCUUCAGGCAAAAUUUAAGUACCCUAAGGUUCCUGAGAAAGUGAAUUAUGUUAUAGAUCAAAUUCUUGCAGUACUCCCUGGAAUUGCCUACCAAGGAGGCUUCACUCACAAAAUCCAAAAGAACUCUCCUAAAGAAAUUUCAAUAGUUAUGGCUCUAAAACGUUCAAGCGAGUGUAUCAUGGUCAUGAAAUUGCCAGAAGAUCUCCUCUACAAUGACAGAUGCACACUUCCAUUUUCAGUGCCAAUGGAUCCCAAAGUCCAAACUUCAAAAAUCUCUGAAAUUCCAAAAUUGCUUCUUGCUAGUCGGAAUGGUGUUUGUGUAGUAGAAGGCAAAAAAAUUAUAAGCUUCAGCAAUCAACUCAUUACAAGAGGAUUGCCUGACAACUGUUUUAUAAAUGUAUUGGGAGAUUGUACAUGUCGCAAAAACCUGAUGGUGCUGAUGAAAUACGAAACAGAAGCAAAUAACAGUCUUCUAAUUGAAAUCCAUACACAUGACAUCCUAUGUACCAUGAAGUCGCGUAAUGGUGAGCUCAUUGUAGAAGUAAACGGCACUAGGCUACAGGAUGGAGUUCUCCCUCGUAAACUCCAACAUUUGCCUCUUCAAUUUAAGAAAACAGUAAACGAAGUGGACUUUAGCAUGCCCUUAGCUGGAUUAGAAAAAGUGACCUACAAAGGAGAUGGUGCCAUGUUUGAAGUUAAUACCUUGAUAGUAAAUUCAUGUGGUCUCUGUGGAUGGUAUGGAUCAGAAGCAAGAAAGUUCCGGAGACCAAGUGGCCACUUAGCUAAAGAUGAAGUGAGCUUUGUUCAGUCCUGGGUGGUCCCUGAUGCAUGUGGUGGAGACUGUAAACUGCGACACACAACAGUAAGACAUGAGAAUCCAAUCCUAAUGGGCCAAGAAAAUCAACAGUGUGCAACCAAUCUUCCUGUCGUACGCUGUGCUGAAGGCUGCUCAGCCACCAGUACUACCAAAACCUUAGCUAGCUUCCAUUGUGUGCCUGCUGGAACAACCUUGCCUACUGACCUGACCGUGCUGGCUGAAAAGUCUGAAGAUUUGGUAGACUUAGUUGAAUCUCACACAUCCUGCUCUUGUGAACAGGAGCGAUGUGUUGCAUGAUCCUUCAACUGAGCAGACUCAGUGCAUGUUCUCUUGUUCUCUGCUGUGGGGGCUGAUAUGUCAAUUCUAAGCUACUACACAGUUGUUAAUUAAAUUAUUUUAAGAAGCCUACUGUACCCUCUUAAAGAAUCCAAUUCUUCCUACAGUAAAUCUAAGCCUUAUUCCAAUAUAACAAAGUCAACUCUAAAUGAAACAGAUAAUUUUCUAAUAAACACUUGCAUUCCAAAAGAAAAA